AACCUCAUUUCCUUUGUUGAGGAAACACCAAUCAAAAAGCAAUGAUCUUUCGUCUUUCCUUCUCAAAUUCUUCCCAACUUGUCUCCCUCUCCAAAAACCCAAGAUUACUACACAGUCACCCACUCUUGUCCAUGAAUUUGUUCAAGACUCAUGCCUUUGCAGGCAACCCCAUAAAGCUAAGAACCCCUAAACCAAGUGAUCCAUUUUCACCAGCCUCUGCUCUUCACACCCUUAAAACCCUUCUUUUAAAAGAACAUACGGAUAACCCUUCACUCACUUCCCCUAAUUUCAAGAUCUUGCCUUUCAGAAAGGGAAGGCCUUUAGCCGGCUCACUCAAGAAUUCGCCUGAGCCUAAUUGGCACUUGGCUUGGUUGAGUUUUAACGAUUGUAAGGCAUUCUUGGAGAAUUCUUCUGAGGUAAAAUUGAGUGAAGAUUCUUUGGUUUACUUGGGUUCUGAUUCUGAGGGUGAUGGUGAUGGCGUUUAUGUUGUGUACUGGGCUAUUGAUGUCACAGAGGCUGGUAGUCGAUUGGUAAAUGAAUUGGGUGCUAGGCAAUUUUGCUUUGUUGAACUCAGGACUCUCAUGGUUGCCUCUGAUUGGGAAAAUGCUUCAGCCAUGGCUCAACUUGCUAUUGCUGGUCAUGCCAGAUCAUUACUAGAAUGGCAUACGGUAUCACGUUUUUGUGGAUUUUGUGGAGGUAAGAACAAUUUAAUUGAUGCUGGGAGGCGGAAACAAUGCUCUAAUGAGUUGUGCAAGAGGAAAAUAUAUCCUCGAGUUGAUCCCGUUGUCAUUAUGUUAGUUAUUGACAAAGAGAAUGACUGUGUGCUAUUAAGUAGGCAGUCGAGAUUUGUACCUCGCAUGUGGAGUUGUCUAGCUGGUUUCAUGGAGCCAGGAGAAAGUUUGGAAGAGGCUGUGAGAAGAGAAACUUGGGAGGAGACUGGUAUUGAAGUUGGACAAGUUGUGUACCAUAGUUCUCAGCCUUGGCCUGUUGGACCUAGCACCAUGCCGUGCCAGCUUAUGGUGGGAUUCUUUGCGUAUGCAAAAUCGCUGGAUAUUAAUGUGGAUAAGGCGGAGUUAGAAGAUGCUAAAUGGCACAGCAGAGAAGAUGUGAAAAAGGCGCUCACAUUUGCGGAAUACAAGAAGGCACAAAGGACAGCCGCAGGUAAAGUGGACCAAAUGUGCAAGGGUGUAGAAAGAGGACAGAGCUUGUCAUCCGAUUUCAAUGUGGAAAGUGGGGAACUUGCUCCUAUGUUUAUACCUGGGCCCUUUGCAAUUGCUCAUCAUCUCAUUUCCUCUUGGGUGAAUGGGGCUGAAGCACAAGUUAAACAACUUGCAAGUUCUUUCUCAAAUUUAUAGGACUUUAGUAGUUGACAUAAACGAUGUUAUUUUCAAACCUUCUUAGGUAAGUAAGAUUUUCCAUGUCUUCAGAUAAGUAGGAGCUUGAAAUUAUAAUGCAAAGGUAGAUCGCCAUGGUUGUUAAUCUACUUGAGUACAAAUUCCGGAUAAUCCCACUGGCAAUGAGCCAAAUUAGUAUCCUGUAUUUAGGGUGAACAAUGAUACACCACUUCCUUUCUUGGACAUGUGGGUUGCGCUCCUCCAUCGCCUUUGCAAGUAUAUUAGGCAUCACUAUUAGUAGCAGGCUCCAGUAGAAUUUGUAUCUUUUUCUCCAGUAACUAGGAAACGAAAAUGACGAGGACUGAAUAAUUUUAGAUGUUUGAAUAGGUUCAGUAGCAACUUUUACUUUGUUUAAUUUGUUAAGGUUAAUUUUUUGAGAACCUUCUCAAUGAUUAUUAAGUUUUAACUCGUCCAAAUUAGAGCCUUAUCCCUUUUUAGAGAAGUUUUAUAUUCCCUUGAUAGAUCAUUAGAAGUCGGGGACGUUUGUUGUACUAUGUUUUGGAAUUUUUAUAUGCUUCCUGGGUUCUUUAAUUAUUGGUUGCGAUUGGCAGUUGUGGAAAUUUUAGGUUAUAAUUUCGGAUGUAUCAUUCAAACAGAACAAAUGUAAGAGUUAAAUUUUGUUUUGCUGUAGAGUUUAGUAUAGUGUGAGUAAGAUACUAUCAGUUGUGGAAAUCAGGUCCGAAUCGGUUUGAGAUUUUUUAUACCAUAUAUGAAUUCCCUUUC